GAGCCGAACAUGGCGCCUCACUGCACCACAUAGACCAGGAUCCCACAGCCAACACUGGUGAGGUCGCUGCUGUAACCAUGGCAGUCCAGGUGAAGCAGCCUGAGGGGCGUGGCCUGUCCUCUCUGUUCUCCUGUUGCUUCAAUGGAAGUGACCAACCGGAGAUCACCUACUGCCACGACAAUAUCAACGGUAUGGCUGCACUGGAGCCCUCCCUGCCCAUGCCGCCCCCUCAGGAGCUGGACUCCAUGUUCACUGAGCUGGUGGAUGAGCUGGACCUCACAGAGGAGCACAGAACCGCCAUGUUUUCUUUACCAGCAGAGAAAAAGUGGCAGAUCUACUGUAGCAAGAAAAUGGAGGCAGAGGAGAAUAAAGGAGCGACCAGCUGGCCAGAUUUUUAUAUUGACCAGCUCAGGUCCAUGGCUGCUAGGAAGACUCUGCUGGCACUGGAGGAUGAUGAAGAGCAGGGAGGACAUAAGAUGGUGGAUGGUCUGAAAACAGCACUGAGGACACAGCCCAUGAGGUUCGUGACGCGGUUCAUUGAGCUGGAUGGCCUCUCAUGUAUCCUGAACUUCCUCAAGUCCAUGGACUAUGAGACCACUGAGUCUCAGAUCCACACUUCCCUGAUUGGCUGCAUCAAGGCUCUGAUGAACAACUCUCAGGGCAGAUCUCAUGUCCUGGGUCACUGUGAGAGCAUCAACAUCAUCGCUCAGAGUCUCACCACUGAAAACAUCAAAACCAAGGUUGCAGUGUUAGAGAUUCUUGGUGCAGUUUGUUUGGUGCCAGGAGGUCAUAAGAAAGUCCUUGAAGCCAUGCUGCACUACCAGAGAUUCGCCUCCGAGAGAACUCGCUUUCAGACCCUGGUCACGGACUUGGAUCGUUCUACAGGCCGCUACAGAGACGAAGUUAACCUGAAGACGGCCAUCAUGUCCUUCAUCAAUGCUGUUCUCAGCCAGGGAGCAGGAGAGACCAGUCUGGAGUUCCGUAUCCAUCUGCGUUAUGAGUUUCUGAUGCUGGGCAUCCAGCCGGUCAUCGACAAGCUACGUUCCCAUGAAAACGCCACGCUGGACAGACACCUGGACUUCUUUGAGAUGUUGAGGAAUGAAGAUGAGCUGGUGAUGUCCAAACGCUUUGAUGGUGUCCAUAUAGAGACUAAAAGUGCGAGCCAGAUGUUUGAGCUGAUCAAGAAGAAGCUGAACCACACUGAAGCUUACCCUCACCUGCUGUCUGCACUGCACCACUGCCUCAUGAUGCCAUACAAGCAGAACAGCACCACCCUACAGUACUGGGUGCUGUUGGACCGGAUAGUUCAGCAGCUGGUUCUGCAGACGGACAAAGGUGAAAACCCUGACGUUGCUCCACUGGAAGACUUCAACAUUAAAAAUGUUAUACGCAUGCUCGUCAAGGAGAAUGAGGUCAAACAGUGGAAGGAACAAGCUGAUAAAAUGAGGAAAGACCAUCACAACCUCCAGCAGCGCUUCGAAAAGAAGGAGAGGGAGUGUGAGGCCAAGAACAAGGAGAAAGAAGAGAUGAUGGCCAUGCUGAACAAGAUGAAGGACAAGCUGGAGCGAGAGAGCAACGACCACAAACAAGCUAAACUACAAGUGGCCGAGCUGUCUGCUCAGCUGCAGCAGCUCAGCUCUGUACGUUCACCAACAGCCUCCACUGUUCCAGGAGGACCUCCUGUCACCUCCGGAGGUUUAGCUCCCCCUGGUGUUGUCCCGUCCGUCCCCUCUCCUCCUCCUCCUCCCCCUCCUCCUCCACCGCCUCCUCCUCCAGGAGGCCCACCAGCUUUUGGCACGGCUCCAUUUGCUCCACCUCCUCCUCCUCCCCUUCCAGGAGCUCCACUAGGAAGUGUCCAGAAAAAAAACAUCCCUCAGCCACCGAACCCAAUGAAGUCCUUCAACUGGAGCAAACUGCCUGAGAACAAGACAGAAGGAACCAUCUGGAAAAACAUCGACGAUCUCAAGGUCUUCAGAGUCCUGGAUCUGGAGGAGUUCCAGAGGACCUUCUCAGCUUACCAGAAGCCACAAAAGGACGCUGAGGACGACCACAGUUUUAUUAAGAAAGUGAAGGAGCUGUCAGUGAUCGACGGUCGCCGAGCACAGAACUGUAACAUCCUGCUCUCACGGCUGAAGCUGACCAAUGAGGAGAUGCGCCAUGCCAUCCUGACCAUGGAUGAACAGGAGGACUUACCUAAAGACAUGUUGGAGCAGCUGCUGAAGUUUGUUCCUGAGAAGAGCGACAUCGAGCUGUUAGAAGAACACAAGCACGAGCUGGACCGUAUGGCCAAACCAGACCGCUUCCUGUAUGACAUGAGCAGAAUCAACCACUAUCAGCAGAGACUCCAGGCUCUCUACUUUAAGAAGAAGUUUGCUGAGAGAGUGGAUGACGUCAAACCUAAAAUCAAAGCUCUGUGUGUUGCGUCCAGGGAGGUGGUUCAGAGCGGGACUCUGCGUCAGCUCCUUGAGGUGGUCCUGGCCUUCGGGAACUACAUGAACAAAGGACAACGAGGAAACGCCUACGGAUUUAAAGUGUCCAGUCUCAACAAGAUCGCUGACACCAAGUCCAGCAUAGACAAAAACAUCACUCUGCUCCACUACAUGAUCACUGUCCUGGAGAAGAAGUACCCGAAGGUGGCAGCGUUCAGUGAAGAGCUGCAGAAUGUGCCCGAAGCUGCUAAAGUCAAUAUGACAGAGUUGGAGAAGGACAUUGGGAACCUGAGAUCUGGUCUGAAGAGCGUUGAGGCGGAGCUGAAGCACCAGCAGGCUCAGGCCUCUCACAGUCCUGCGGAUAAGUUUGUCCCUGUGGUCAGUCAGUUCAUCACCGUGGCCUCAUUCAGCUUCUCUGAGGUCGAGGAGUCUCUCACUGAGGCCAAAGAACUGUUUGUAAAGGCACUGAGACACUUCGGAGAGGACUCAUCCAACCUGCAGCCGGACGAGUUCUUUGGGAUCUUCGACACUUUCCUCGGAUCGUUCUCAGAGGCUAAACAAGACAACCAGAACAUGGCCAGACGCAAGGAGGAGGAGGAGAAACGGGCUCUCAUGGAGGCACAGCUGAAGAGAGAGCGGGAGCAGAAGCUGAAGAAGGCCAAAGCAGAUGAAGAGGAGGGCGGCGGGGAGUUUGACGACUUGGUGUCCGCUCUGCGCUCUGGGGAGGUGUUCGAUAAGGACUUGUCCAAAAUGAACCGCAGAAAACAGCGGAGACACAACAUGUUCGACAGCAGCAGAGAGAGACCGGCAGCAAAACUCAACCAGUGACAGGAAGCAGCGACACCUCCCUGAGACUGAUGGAGGCUUAAUCCACUCUGAUGGGUCAUGGUUGUAUAUACAGUAGCUAUAGAUACAGACAGUGUAUGUAUAGAGUACAAAAACUGAAGUGUUAAAGCAAUAAGUUGUGCUUUUACAGGAGGUUAUGGACAAGACUAAAGCUGUGUCCCAAUUAAGGGGUUCGGAGGAAGUGGUCUACGUAGCUGUUGUAGACCCUGAAGGCCAAACCGGAAUGAGACGGUCUGGUCUAAGGAGGAUUUUCUCUUGGCAUCACCAGCUAUGUUCGCCCUUACCGUCGUGCCAUAAAGCGCUGCUCCUGUUGCCUAGCAACCUUGACAACAUGUAACUUUUU